UCGAGAAAACCGGCUCUGCUCGCAGCCUACGCGCCCCAAGAUGCCGGAGAUCCACGGCAGUUUCCCACGGUACAGCCUCCGCGAUACACCCAGCGUUCCGUUCCGUUCCGUGUGAUGCUGACCGGCAGUGUGUAGGAGUGCGGGACUCGGUUUUUGUUUCCACAAAAAACGAUCACCUUCAAUCCGGUGGUCCGGCGAUUUAUUGUGUUUAUCCGGUCCAGUCUCACCCUCGGGAGCUGGGAAACGAAUCAGUUACCACCACUUUCCCUUCCAUCGACGGGGAACGGAGCGGAAAAUUGCGUCCACGUUUGCGCCCACCGAUUUGGGGUGGAGGCCACUAGCACUAGCUCCACCAGCAGCAACACCAGCAGCAGCUAGUAGCACUUUCUUUCGACGACCAUCGAACGUUGCUUAAACCGUUUGGAGAGAAGACCACACCUUGCCGAUCGAGAUCACCAAUCAUCGUAACGCUGUGAAGAGUCGUGCCUUGCCUGAACAAUACUCUGUGGUGGCGUAGCUUGGGAGAAUAACCGUGCCUACAAAACCAGGGGGACCAGGGGGAUCAGGGAGGAAAUGAUCGGACGGUAGAGUUAGUCCGAGUAUCUAUCGCACCCUCUUUGUACCCCUCCCGAUCGCCUAAUCGUCGUAACCGGACAAAGCCGCGGUCGCAGUCAUCAUCACCAUCACGUAGUACAGCUUGGGGGAGGCGCGCGCGAGCGCGUGUCGAAAGAUUUCUCUCAAAAGCCACGAGACGAUCGUCAUCAUCACACCGCGUGGUGCUCCCUAGAUCGCGGGAGAGAUCGUUGUUUGCGGUUGAGACUUUCCCGAGUCCAAGAGGCGUCACGGGCGCCAGCAGGGCACGCACCAAACGACAACCAAACUCGUUUCUGCUCUCGGUCUGUGACGAACUCGAGACUCGGUACAGGUGGUCCGUCGCUGAUCGUCGUCGCCACGGUUCCAAGACAGGAAAACAAAAUGGAAACAAAUUUGAUUCGCGUGCUCGAGGGUCAGUACCUGGACGAGUUGACGAGUGAGUUGUGUGAUUUCACGCUGGAAGAACAGAAUGCGGCCACCGAAGCGCAGGGAGUGAAACCACUGGCAUCGUCCGAUUACGUGCCGAUCGUGGGCAAAACGGUGACCUACGUCGUGGCGUGCGUGAUCGUCAACGAUGCCAACGAGGUGCUGAUGAUGCAGGAAGCGAAGGAAUCGUGCGCCGGCAAGUGGUAUUUGCCGGCUGGCCGGAUGGAACCGGGCGAAACGAUCGUUGAGGCCGGAGUACGCGAGGUUCUCGAGGAGACGGGGUUGAAGGUGGAAAUCAGUACACUGCUGGCGGUUGAGACGGCCGGUGGAUCGUGGUUCCGGUUCGUGCUUACCGGAAAUGUGGUCGGCGGAACGCUGAAAACGCCUUCCCAGGCGGACCAGGAAUCGAUACAGGCCAAGUGGUGCGCACAUCUUAACGAGCUGUCCCUGAGGGCCAACGACAUACUGCCGAUCGUGGAGCUGGCACGCAGUUAUCGGACACGGGUACCGAAGGAUCCCAACUGGCACCGGGAUAUUCUGCCGGCGCGCAAGGCUCACUACAAGAACUAUCUCCGGGUUGUGGUGGCCAUCAAGAACAAGACCACGAACCAGGUGUACGUGUUGCUGAGCGAAAAGACGGCUUACCACUUCCCGACCGUCGAGAUACACCCGGGGCGUAGUCUGCACUCGACAUUGAAGAAGUUUAUGAUCGAAUUGUUCGGUGCGGACCUGCCGCAACAUCGGCCACAUGGUGUGUUGAGUGUCGAGCAUCAUACCAGCGGUACGCAGGCCAACCCAACCGACGGAAUGUGUCUUACCGUGCUCGUAAUCUGCCGGCCCUCGAUUGAAGCCGUGUCGCUGAUCGGUAAAUGUAUCUGGCACGAACUGAACAAGGAUCUGAGCGCCCGUUUGGCGAUGGCCGUAGCCGGCAAAAACGCUACCUUCCAGCUGCACGUGGUGCGAUAGGUUCCGUUACUGUUUUGUAUAUUUCUUCCAUUUUUUUUUAACGAAAAGAGCGUCGUCCCUUAACCUUUGGUAUUAGUUUUUGUAUUCGGAGCGGUGCGCUAGGGGAGAACGUAAAGUAUUUGUUACAUUAUGACCAACCAACCAAACGAGAUAGAUAGAUUGUAAGAAUUACGGAACGGAUACGCGCUGUACCCGAUGAAUCUGUUCAGUAAACGAUUUUAUAC